GGAAUGAUAAUCAAUAAUCACUGCCUAGUCUUUGUGUUCGCUUUUCAGAGUUUCAGAAUCCGUUAACUAUGGGAAACUCUUUAAAAAUCGAGGGAAUUGAUAUCAAAGAAGAACUUGGCGGGGGAAGUUAUGGCGUAGUUUACAAAGCCAAAUGGAAUGGACGCUUUGCAGCCGUUAAAGUCCUGAGAGAUGACAUGUUUUGGUGUUAUCCUAGAGCAGUUGAGGAUUUUAAGAAAGAAUGUGAAUUCCUUCGAGUGUUAAAACACCCCAAUAUCGUUGAAAUGUACGAAGUUCUUUUUCCAGAAAACAGAUCGCCUGUUCUUAUCACAGAGCUCAUGCUUUGCGAUCUACAAUCGCACUACAAGAACUCGAAAACUACACCUAAAGUUUCGCUGGACGAAGUCAUUAGAAUCAUGUUGGAUGUCGGCGAAGGACUGAAAUUUCUGCAUGAACACGAGUGUCCCAUCAUUCACCGAGACAUCAAAUCUAAAAACAUUUUACUCAACACGAAACUAAAGGCGAAGAUUGCUGAUCUGGGCCAAGCAAAGGAGUCUCCGCUGGGAACUUCCCGGCAUAUGUGUAAGACACCUGUCCCCGGCACGACAGUGUACAUGGCACCGGAAACAUUCCCUCGCGGAAAUCGUCAGGUCAGAAGUGAUCGCCCUACGGUUGAUUAUGAAACAGAAAUCGACGUCUUUUCGUUUGGAGUUGUCUUGCUGGAAAUUAUAGUCGGUCACGUUCCGUCCCCCAAACCAAUUUGUACGCCAUACAAAGAUGGAAACAUAGUACGGGAACACAAUCGACGAAGAAAGGAACUUGGAGAGAUGGGCACUCUUCACCCUCUACGAGAAAUAGUCCUGCAAUGUCUGGAAAAUGACCCAUCAAGAAGACCCUCGAUUAGCCAAGUGAUUAAUGAUUUGCGCAGAAACGACGGCAGUCAGAGACGAAUUGAGUUGAAAAUUGUUUUACUUGGAAACUCAGGCGUUGGAAAAUCUCUUUUGAUAAAGAAAUACAUCAACAAGGACUUGCCAUCAGAACUUGUUCGUUCGACAAUCGGUGUGGAAUUGCAUCCAGUGCCGCUUCAAAUUGGAAAUCAAAUGGUAAUUCUGAGAAUUUUAGACCCGGCAGGCCAGGAGAGAUUUGACAGCAUUGCUCCAGCCCUGUUCAGAGGCUCGCAUGGAGCUUUCCUUGUCUAUGACAUUAGUGAGCCGAGAAGUUUUUCUGAUCUCCCAAAGCACUUGAGCUUUAUUGAGCCUGUGUGCGGCGAAAAUGUCAAAGUUAUGUUAAUUGGGAACAAGAAAGAUCUUCAAAGAAGAGUCCAUAAUGAACUUGCUCAAAACUAUGCUGAAAAAAACGAUAUGGAGUACCUUGAGGUUAGUGCGGUAACUCUUGAAAACAUCGAGGAAAUGUUCGAGGGCUUAGCGAAAAAAAUUUUAGAAUCACUAGACAUCAGCGAUGUACAGAUUAUGGAAAGAAAAUUACAUCGGAGUCAGUCUCGAAUCCAUCUCGGUGAAGAUGAUCAGGAAGAACCCGGUGGUAAAUGUUCGUGUUAGCGCAGUCUUUAUGGACCUUAAGUUGUCAGGACUGCAACGUAUUCAGGAAGACGUGUAUUCCAAAAUGAAUUUUUAUUUUCAGUUAAAAUUUCACGCGAAGGCUAGAGGUGUUUACAACUGUCUCUUUUGGUUCCACACAGGAAUCACUGAUGAAGUACGAGAUAAAGUUAACAAAAGAAUCAUGUAUGUAGAAAAAACUAUCAAUGAGUAAUGAAUCAUCGCGCCAAAGGCAGGAAUUACGAACCUCAAAGGUCAAAUAAUUGUCACGAUUCUAAUUUCACGCAUGCCCAAACUCUUAACGGAUUAAACAAAUGAAGAA